AUGGCGCCGACAAAGAAACGCGAAGCGCGCGAAAACAAUUACUACAACGUUGGUGUGCAGGGAAGGAAAACUGGUAUCACGCUCGAAGACAAAGGCAUAUACGAUGAACAUGGCCUCGAGCCAGUUUCCGGCAUCUUCUCGUCGCCAGAAAGGUCCCCACCCAAGCGCGGGGAAGAUGCGACAGGAUCAGGGUCGAUGGAGAUACAAAACAGUUCAAUGCCCGACCUCAUGACAUCCCACCAAAUCUUGCGCAACAGCCGAACAAACCUCCCUCCACCUCGAUCGCGAUCGCCCAAAAAGACAAACCUCGGAUCCUCACCGCGAAGACAAUCAUCCAUGGCACCCAGAAGCUCUCUCCCUCCAUCUAGUCCUGUGCGCGACUCUUCACAGCCGAUUGCGCGACGCCUUGACUUCGAACAAGAUGAGUCUAGCCUACAAGAAACGCCAGCUCUGAGCGGAUCGGGCGCCAGACGUGGGAAGCGAUCAGACGUAUACGAUAUACCAGAAGACGAAUCGCCGGCACCAGAGGAGAGUGCGGUAUUUGAAGAGAGCAUUGUACAGGAAGAGAUUGCGAACGAGUCAGCAGUAGUCCCUGAGGAGAGUUUUGUCGCACAAAUCGGGGACGACAGCAUGACCGAUGACGAAGCAGUUGAGGACUUGGAGAUUCAGGAAAUUGAGGAAGUUGAGGAAGUCGAGGAAGUUGAGGAAGUUGAGGAAGAGUCCGAGAUUGUUCCAGAGCCCUCAAAAGAGAAAGCUAAGAGGGGCAGGAAACGGAAGAGCAACGUAGUAGAAGUCUCAGAAGAAGAGCAGGAGGAAGAAGAGAAGCCGCGCAAACGAGGCCGCCCUGCAGCGCAAGCCUCGGAUUCACAGAAGAGCAAGAAGAAUGUGUCUGCAUCGGCGGCCGAGCGCCGACGGUCACAGCGUGUGUCUGAUAUCAGCGAACAGGAGGCGCCCAUCGAUGACUCGGUAGAUCAAUCAGAGCAAGUCGAGGAAGCGCCUGCACCGAAAAAGCGAGGACGGCCAGCCAAAGUACAGCCAAACGGCGAUAAAGCAACAUCAUCAGCAUCAGCCAAACCAGCUAAGAGCGCCCCCAUAGCAAAGAAGCCUGAUCCGGAAUUCACGAAACCUGCCAAACCUGCCGGUAGACCAAAAGCCAACGCGGAGUCCAGCACUAAAUCGACAGGUGCAGAGCCGAAAGCCAAGUCAGUGCCGAAGGCGAAGGAAAAGUCAAAAGAGAAGACUCCGCAGGCAGAGAGUGAAGAAGCUGGCAAGCUGGUAGAUGUGUAUGGGAACCCUCUCAGCAAAAAGGACAUCGAUCAGAUAUCCGCAACAUCAGCAGGAUCACGUUUCGGACGUGGGCGACACCUCUCAGUAUUCCGCGAGAUGGACCCCGACAAUGUCGCUCGUGUAGGACGAACAGGCAGGCAUCGCGUUGCGCCCAUCGACUUCUGGAAAAACGAUCACAUCUCCUACGACCCUGACGGUAGCAUGUCGUCGAUUGUGAAGAGUCAGGCAAUAGAAGAAGGCCGGCGACCGACGAAGAAAUCCAGUUACAAGAGUAAGAAGAAGGCACUCGCCGCCGUCGAGGAAGAGGAGAUUGAGCUCGACCCCUGGGAAGAACAAGGCACUCUCGUUGGCAACUUUAGAGGUUUUGACCCUGUUGCUGAUGUUGCUUCACAUGAAAUUAUCGAAGACACCAUCGCAUGGACACAAAACGGCGUCCAACCCCGCGACGUCGGAGAUGGCGGCUUCAAGUAUGCAAAGAUUGGUUCCGUGGGCAACUUUUUCAAUUGGGGGCUCAUUGAACUCGGUCCCGAUCAGAUGAAGCGGACGAAGAACUCGCGGUACAUGCAUAUGAUUUUCAAUGUGCAGUCUGGUACUGUGGAAGUCAGGGUGCAUGAGAAUGAGUUUGUGGUUCAUAAACAGGGCGUUUGGCAGGUUCCAAGAGGACGUAUCCUCCACCUCCUUGUCUAG